CACCUUCAGGUUGGGGGAAUGAAUGGAAAGAUGAGACGACAGAGCUUCGUCAUCGAAACCAAGAAUGCCCGGCGACAGCGACUCAGAGUCCGACGACUGAAAUACACGUGUCAGGCGAAGAAGAUCCAGGUGCAGAUCACCGGCGGCAGCGGCCAGAAACAUGCUUCCGAAGAUUGCAAGACAUUGGAGUUGAAGGAACGAGAGAAAGAUGUUGGGAGUUCAAUGGAGAUAUUGUCGGUGUCAUUUUCAGCAUCGAAAAAUGACGUCGUGUUGUCUAGUGGAUCCGUGACCGGAUCAGAUGAAGGCGGAGAGAAAAGGAGUGGUGAGGGUUCGGAAGAGAGGGGAGGGUGUGGCAUCGUCUCGGUGAAGGGGAUGAGGAAGGAGAUGGAAGAUGCAGUGACAGCGGAGGUAGGGUUUGGGAAGUUUGACUUUUACGGGGUGUAUGACGGGCACGGUGGGCCUGACGUGGCCGGGGCUUGUAGGGAGAGGAUGCAUGAGGUGGUGGCGGAGGCGGUGGAAAAGGAAGGGACUAAAGGUGAUGCGAUUGAUUGGGAGACGGUGAUGGAGGGGUGUUUUGAGAAAAUGGAUGGGGAGGUGAGUGAUAUUGCAGCGGCAAGGACAGUUGGGGCGACAGCGGUGGUGGCGUUGGUGACGGAGGAGCAGGUGGUGGUGGCCAAUUGUGGCGAUUCUAGGGCUGUUUUGUCGAGAGGUGGUGUUGCCUUGGCCUUGUCCAAUGACCAUAAGCCGGACAGAGUGGAUGAGUUGAAGAGAAUUGAAGCUGCAGGUGGGAGAGUCAUCAACUGGAACGGAAGCCGUGUACUUGGGGUGCUUGCCACUUCUAGAUCAAUAGGUGACCAUUACCUGAGGCCGUAUGUGAUAUCAAAACCAGAGGUGACGGUGACCAGGCGAACCGACCAGGAUGAAUUCCUCAUCCUUGCCAGUGACGGGCUGUGGGAUGUUAUAUCAAACGACGUAGCAUGUCAGGUUGUGAACAAGUGUCUUCGUGGCCGAAUGAGGAGAGUAUCCAUUCACGACGAACAUCGUGUUCUCCUAAAUGUCGGAAGUCGCACAUCUGAGGCAGCAGCAGUCUAGCUGACCUAGCUAUGGCUCGGGGAAGCAGAGAUAACAUUAGCGUGAUUGUGGUCGACCUCACAAAACCCAGUUAACUGUAGCGAGUUAAUUGUCGUAUAUCUUGGUCAUUCUUGGCUAUUUCAUUACUCCAAUAUUAAUCUUGGUCAUAACUCCAAUAUUAAUUCGAUAUAAUCUUAGAAUGUGUGCUGUUUCAAUUAAUGGGAUACUAAGAAAGUGUAAAUAAACCCUUUGGUAGAUCCUGGAAUAUAAAAAAAGGGGGCAAUUUGCCUAAUGUUGGUAGAA